GUUGGCCGGCGCCGCCGGAGUACUGGGGAGAAAGGGUUCUCUGCCGCCCCAAUACCGGCCGGGGCUCGCGGCGGGCGAGACGCCGGCCGUUCUGUCCCGCCGUACUCCAGGGCCCGUUUCCAUCGCGACAACACGGCCCCCUCCCGCAGCCCCGAGCCCGGUGCGGCUGCCCGGGCGGCGCCUACCGCCUCCCCGAAGCCGCUCGUCGGGACCACCGGCCGGGAACCGGCCCCCUUCCCGGGCCCUCCUGGUUGCCUCGGGCCCCGCCUGGUCGCGGUCUUAGCCCCCGAGACCCUGGUCCAGCGCGGCUGCCUGGGACUCGGGACCUGCCGGAUCCAAGACGCUCGUCCCCGGGCCACCUCCAGCGGGGCUCUGCGUCGUCCCUGACAUGUCGCCCACCGUCUCCCACAAGGACAGCAGCCGGCAGCGGCGGCCGGGGACUCUGAACCACUGUCCGGAAGUGAAGAGCGGCCCCCUGCCGCCGGGCGGCUGGGACGACGGCCAGCUGGACGCCAUGGGCGGAGAAGGGGACCGAGAAGCACUUUUGAGGGACGCUGGCCCCGGGAACUCGCCGAAGGGCCCUCGGAGUUACCGCGCCGAGCUGGGCAGCAUCUUGCUGCUGCUGCUGCUCUACGUGCUGCAGGGCAUCCCCCUGGGCCUGGCGGGGAGCGUCCCCCUCAUCCUGCAGAGCAAGAACGUCAGCUACACGGACCAAGCCUUCUUCAGCUUCGUCUUCUGGCCCUUCAGUCUCAAGCUGCUCUGGGCGCCCUUGGUGGACGCCGUCUACUUGAAGAGCUUCGGCCGUCGCAAAUCGUGGCUGGUCCCGACCCAGUACGUACUAGGACUCUUCAUGAUCUACCUGUCCACGCAGGUGGACCGUUUGCUGGGGAACACCGACGGCCGGCCCCCCGACGUUGUGGCGCUCACGGUGACAUUCUUUCUGUUUGAGUUCCUGGCCGCCACGCAGGACAUCGCUGUUGACGGCUGGGCGUUAACGAUGCUAUCCCGGGAGAACGUGGGGUACGCUUCCACUUGUAAUUCGGUGGGCCAGACCGCAGGCUACUUUCUGGGCAAUGUUUUGUUUCUGGCCCUGGAAUCCGCGGACUUUUGUAACAAAUAUUUACGGUUUCAGCCUCAGCCCCGGGGAAUCGUUACUCUUGCAGAUUUUCUUUUUUUCUGGGGAACUGUAUUUUUAAUCACAACGACAUUAGUUGCCCUUUUGAAAAAAGAAAACCGAGAAGUACCGGUAGUGAAAGAAGAGACACAAGGCAUCACAGACACCUAUAAGCUGCUUUUUGCAAUCAUAAGGAUGCCAGCAGUCCUGGCGUUUUGCCUUCUGAUUCUAACCUCAAAGAUUGGCUUUUCAGCCGCAGAUGCAGUGACAGGACUGAAGCUGGUGGAAGAAGGUGUGCCCAAGGAGCACCUCGCCCUGUUGGCUGUGCCCAUGGUUCCUCUGCAGAUAGUGCUGCCUCUGAUCAUCAGCAGGUACACUGCCGGUCCUCAGCCGCUGAACGUGUUCUACAAAGCCAUGCCCUACAGGUUAUUACUCGGGCUGGAGUAUGCCCUGCUGGUCUGGUGGACUCCCAGAGUGGAGCACCAGGGCGGGUUCCCGGUCUAUUACUACGCUGUGGUGCUGCUGAGCUAUGCCCUACACCAGGUUACAUUGUACAGCAUGUAUGUUUCCAUAAUGGCUUUCAAUGCCAAGGUUAGCGAUCCACUCAUUGGAGGAACCUACAUGACCCUUCUGAAUACCGUGUCCAAUCUAGGAGGGAACUGGCCUUCCACGGUGGCUCUGUGGCUGGUGGAUCCCCUCACGGUGAAAGAGUGUGUGGGAGCAUCCAACCAGAACUGCCGGACACCUGAUGCUGUCGAGCUUUGCAGAAAACUCGGUGGCUCGUGUGUUACAGCACUGGAUGGUUAUUAUGUGGAAUCCAUUAUCUGUGUUUUUAUUGGAUUUGGUUGGUGGUACUUUCUUGGUCCAAAAUUUAAAAAGUUACAGGAUGAGGAGCCAUCUUCCUGGAAGUGCAAAAGGAACAAUUAAUGCGCCACAACAGGCAGACAUGCCAGAAGGUUGGAUUUAGAGCGGGGGUUUUUGUAAGUGAUGGAGGAUAACUGGGUGGGAGAAAAUGGCCGAAGGCUGACAGCCAGCACCUGAAGAAGAGUGGGCGUGGCGCUGCACUAGCUCUGCUGUGGAAAGCCGUGACGGGUAUCCGGGUCAAUCAAGGAGAGGCCAGGAGGUUGCACUGGACCAGACUACAGUACUUUGCCACGGGCGAUCCAUGAUCAUGUAUUGUAUAAUCCAGAUGUUUACUUGAAUAAAGAAAAAAGCCCACUGGACUCAGAUGUGUGAAA